AUGAAAUUAAUAAUAAAUAAUUUUUUAUUAUUAUUUUUAAUUUUUUUAUCAAUCUCAAUUCAAUUUGUAAAAUCAAUUAAUCCACCACAAGAUGAAUUUGAUUGUUUAAUUAAUAUUAUAAAUAAAUUUAAUUAUAAAACAUUUGAUUCAUAUAAAGAUAUUACUAAAAUUUGUUCAUUAACUACUUGGGUGACUUGUGAUUCAACAACAGGUUCUGUAAAAUCAUUUAUUCUAUCAAAUUUACAAUAUAAUAAUUAUGAACAAGCAAUUUCAUCAGAUUUUUCAUGUUUACCAAAUAUUGAAACUUUAGCAAUUUAUUAUCAAAAUGUUUCAAAAGAAUUAAUUUAUUUUAAAUCACCAAAACUUACAAAAUUAACAUUUUUUAAUACACAAGUUUUAGGUGGCGCUGCACUUGAUCAACCAUUUGAAAAAUUUGAUGAUUUAUCAAUAACUAAUUGUAAAGGUUUAGAUAUAAAUACACCAUUUAAAUUUUCAUACUUUAAUAAAGUAACUAGAUUUAUGAUGAGUGGUUUAUAUGCACAACUUGAAUUUGAUUCGUUAGCAUUUAAAAAUAAAACUUCUUUCCAUUUAUCAGGUUCAAAUUACCCAGAUUUAACAGGUUAUACUGGUAUUCAACAAGCAGAAUUUGAAUUUGAUGAUACUUUUAAAUUGGAUUCAAUAUCAAAUUUUGCAAAGUAUACAAGUUUUGGAAGGCUUAUAGUUUAUCAUUAUUCAAAUAUUAAAAUACCAUUUUAUUUUUCUCAAAAUACUAAAAUAUAUUCACUUUGGUUAGCUACUGGUGGUUCAACAUUUACAUCUCCUUAUGAAACACCAACCACAAUGAUUGAUUUAUCAUCCACAAGGUAUACUGAUUUUUUAAUUGGUGGCUUUACAAAUGAAAAUUUAAAUGGCAAAUUUCCAUUUAUUAUGCCAUCAACUUGUUCUAAUUUAAACUUUAAUAGUAAUAAUUUAACCAUUCUUCCAAAUGAUAUUGUUUGUAAAACUGUUUCAUUUCAAAAUAAUGGUAUAAAUUCAGAGUUACCUAAAUUCAUUGGUAAAGCAGAUUCAUAUGAUUUAAAAAAUAAUAAAUUUACUGGUACUAUUGAUCAAUCAUGGUGUUCAACUGAAUUAGUUAUAAAUAAUAAUAAAUUAAUUGGAAAAAUACCAUCAUGUUAUAGUUGUUAUUUAAAUGCACCAAAACCAUCAGGUGGGUUAAUAGCAAUGUAUGAUAGAUUUACAGGUGGUAAUAGUUUUACAAAUUUAAAUAAAACCGCUGUUACAUGUACAACAUUUGCGCCCCAAGUAAAAUGGUUAUCAUCAAAUUCAAUCAGUGUUACUGGUAUUGAUAUUGGCUUUGAUCCAAACAUAUGGUUAUUUAAUGGUGGUGUAAAAGUUAUGCAAUCAAUAAAUUCAUCUCCUGGUCAAUAUCCUCAAUUAAUACUUUAUAGCCCAACUUUAACAGGUGAAACAUUUACAAUUAAUUUCCAAUAUCCAAUCAAUUAUGUUUUUACAUUCCCAAAAGUUUCAAAAAAUCCACUAGUAACUUCAGCUUCAAUCAAUGGUAAAUUAUAUACUUUUAAUGGUACUUAUUUUUCAAGUCAUAUGAGACAUCAAUACCAAGAUAUUAGAGUCAAAGGUUCUUUAUGUACUAUUGUAUCAACUGACUUUUAUUCCGUUACCUGUAGUGCAAAUCUUGUCAUUGAUUCAGCUUUAAAGAUGGUUAAUAUUACAACUGGGCAAGAUUAUAACAAAAAAACAACAAUUUACAUUAGAAUUGAUGGUUUGGUUUCAAAUGAUCAUCGUUGUCCAAAUGAUUGUUCAGGUAAUCAAGGUAUUUGUGAUUUAAGUACUGGUACUUGUUAUUGUGAAUCAGGUUACUCUGGUAGCGAUUGCUCUUUUAAAAAUUGUGGAUCUUCAGUUCCAGAUUGUAAUGGAGCAGGUACAUGUAAUGGUGCAACUGGUUUAUGUACUUGUGAUAGUACUCACGUUGGUGACUAUUGUCAGUAUUCAACUUCUGCUUGUCCAAAUAAUUGUGGUGGUUCAGCUUAUGGUACUUGUAAUGCAAAUAAAACAUGUACCUGUAAUGCUGGUUUUGCUGGUGUAGAUUGUUCAAAACCAACUCAAUGUGUUAAUAAUUGCUCAGGUAAUGGUGUAUGUGUAAAUGGUUUCUGUCAAUGUUUUGAUGGUUAUGGAGAUAGUUCUUGUAGUGCCAAGAUUUUAAAUUGUCCAGUUGGUGCAGGUGGAGCUCCAUGUAAUGGAUUUUAUGGAGCAUGUAACCCUGCAACAGGAGUUUGCACUUGUAGGGAUGGUUAUCAAGGUAGCGCAUGUGAUGAUCGUUUAAUUCAAUGUCCAGUUGCAAUGAAUUCAAUAGUUUGUAAUCGUUUAGAUAUUAAUUGGUGUGAUACAACUACAGGUAAAUGUCAAUGUGAUCCAAAUUUCCAAGGUGUUGAUUGUUCAUUACCAUUGGUUCAAUGUCCAUUAUAUGGUGGUAAAGUUUGCGGUGGAUUUGGUACAUGUAAUAAUCAAACUGGUGUUUGUUCAUGUGACGGUUCCCAUCAAGGUGCUGAUUGUUCAUUACCAUUUAUUCAAUGUCCAUUAAAUGGUGGUAAAGUUUGCGGUGGAUUUGGUACUUGUAAUAAUCAAACUGGUGUUUGUACAUGUGACGGUUCUCAUCAAGGUACUAGUUGCUCUUUACCAUUUGUUCAAUGUCCAAUAUCUUUUUUAAAUCCAUGUGGUGGUUCAAAAAGAGGUAAUUGUAAUAAUCAAAUUGGUGUUUGUAAUUGUUUAGCUGGAUAUCAAGGUCUUGAUUGUUCAUUACCAUUUAUUAAAUGCCCAACAAUUAAUUCAAAUGAUUGUAGUGGAUUUGGUUCAUGUAAUAAUCAAACUGGUAUAUGUGCCUGUGAUAGUUCUCACCAAUCUACUGAUUGUUCAUUACCAUUUAUUCAAUGUCCAUUAAAUGGUGGUAAAGUUUGUAGCAGUUUUGGUACUUGCGAUAAUCAAAUUGGUAUUUGUACAUGUGAUGGUUCUCAUCAAGGUAAUGAUUGUUCAAAAACUUUUGUUCAAUGUCCAUCAGUUAAUUCAAAUUCAUGUAGUGGAUUUGGUUCAUGUAAUAAUGAAACUGGUGCUUGUUCAUGUAAUUCAGGUAGAUUAAAUAAUGAUUGCUCUGGUAUUCAAUGUGAUGUUCCAAAUUGUAAUAGCCAUGGUACAUGUAAUAAUACUAUUGGAAAAUGUCAAUGUGAUAGUUCUCAUCAAGGUAGUGACUGUAGUACUCCUUUUAUUGAUUGUCCAUCUAUAAAUUUAAAUGAUUGUAGUGGAUUUGGUUCAUGUAAUAAUCAAACUGGUACAUGUACUUGUAAUUCAGGUAAAACUUUAUCAGAUUGCACAGGUAUUCAAUGUAGUGUCCCAGAUUGUAAUGGUCAUGGUACAUGUGAUACAAAUAUUGGUAAAUGUCAAUGUGAUAGUUCCCAUCAAGGUGCUGAUUGUUCAUUACCAUUGGUUCAAUGUCCAUUAUAUGGUGGUAAAGUUUGCGGUAAUUUUGGUACUUGUAAUAAUCAAACUGGUGUUUGUUCAUGUGAUAGUUCUCAUCAAGGUAGUGACUGUUCAUCACCAUUUGUUAAAUGUCCAACUGUAAAUUCAAAUGAUUGUAGUGAUUUUGGUUCAUGUAAUAAUCAAACAGGUUCAUGUAGUUGUGAUAGUUCACAUCAGGGUGCUGAUUGUUCAUUACCAUUUAUUCAAUGUCCAAUAUAUUCAAAUUCUUUAUGUGGUGGUUCAUCAUUUGGCUCAUGUAAUAAUCAAACUGGUGUUUGUACCUGUGAUGGUUCUCAACAAGGUGCUGAUUGUUCAUUACCACUAAUUCAAUGCCCAUCAAUAAAUUCAAAAGAUUGUAGUGGUUUUGGUUCAUGUAAUAAUGAAACUGGUAUUUGUUCAUGUAAUUUAGGUAGAUUAAAUAAUGAUUGCUCUGGUAUUCAAUGUGGUUCUCCAAAUUGUAAUGGUCAUGGUACAUGUGAUACUACUCUUGGUGUAUGUAAAUGUGAUAGUUCUCAUCAAGGUAAUGAUUGUUCAUUACCAUUUAUUAAAUGCCCAUCUAUUAAUUCAAAUGAUUGUAGUGGAUUUGGUUCAUGUAAUAAUCAAACUGGAGUUUGUUCAUGUAAUUCAGGUAGAGCUUUAUCAGAUUGUUCAGGUAUUGAAUGUAGUGUUCCAAAUUGUAAUAAUGGAGGUGUUUGUGAUACUAGUAUUGGUAAAUGUCAAUGUGAUAGUUCUCAUCAAGGUAAUGAUUGUAAUAUUCCAUUAAUCCAAUGUCCAAAUUUAUGUAGUGGAUUUGGUUCAUGCAAUAAUCAAACUGGUAUUUGCUCAUGUAAUUCAGGUAGAUUAAAUAAUGAUUGUUCAGGUAUUCAAUGUGAUGUUCCAAAUUGUAAUAGCCAUGGUACAUGUGACAUUACUAUUGGUAAAUGUCAAUGUUUAAAAAAUACAUGGUCAGGUUCAGAUUGUUCAAUUCCAUAUCAAGUUAUUAGAUCGGUUAAUGAAUCAACAACAGCAGGUGGUGAAGCAACUUUUGAAGGUGUUUUUGGAGAUGUUCAUCAAGGUAUUAAAAUGCAAAUUGGUGGUAUUGAUUGUCCAAUAAUAUUUAAUUCAUCAACUAUUAUUAAAUGUAUGGCACCAGAAGGUAACGGAAUUAAAAAAGUAACAUUAUUCCAAAAUGAUAUUUAUUAUACCUAUGAUAAAUAUAAAUAUAAAGCAAUUGAAUUGUCAUGUCCAUCAAAUUGUUUAGGUAAUGGUAUUUGUAAUACAUCAACUGGAGAAUGUAAAUGUAAUUCAGGUUAUGGAUCAUACGAUUGUUCUCCAAUAAUCAAUAAUGGUGGUGGUGGUGGUUUAGGUGAAACCCCCAAUAGUAAUAGUAAUAGUGGUGAACUAGUUAUCCCACCAAAAUCAAAUACUACAUUAAAUGAAGAAACAGGUGGUACAAAUAUUGUUAAUCAAAAAACAAAUUUCCAAAUUUACUUUAAAUCACUUUAUGAAAUUGAUUAUAGUGGUCAAAUCGUUAAAACAUAUAAAUUAGAAAAUAAUUGGGUAAUUAAUAAUGAUUCAAAUAACAAUGAUCAAUGUACAUUUACUCAAACUAUUGAUAAUGGUUGUAAUAUUACAUCUAGAAUUGAUGAAAUAAAUGAUGAAAAUGGUAAAAAAUUUGAAUUUGCAGGUACAAGUUUCACAGUUUCAAAUGGAGGUAUUAAAUUUACAAUCACCAUUGAUAAUUAUCAAUAUCAAAGUAAUUUAAAUACAUUAACUUUAGAUUUUGUAUCAUCAGUUGGUGAAAUUCAAGAUACUCAAAACAACAAUGAAUGUAAUUCAAAAGAUACUGAAAUCGAUACAAGUAAUGUAAAUGAUUUAUCAUCAUCAAAUUUCAAUUAUAUUAAAAUAUCAAAGAACAACAAAAUUCUAAGUGGUAGAUUUAUUAAUAGAUUGUUAUCAAAUGGUAAAGCUACAUUCUUUACAACAUCGGUUAGAAAUGAAAGUAAUUCAAUCAUUGUUUCAUUAAAUUUACCACAUUGUUCACAAUGUAUUAUUGAUCCUGACUUUUCAGUAUUAUUAUCAUCAGAUUUUGUUUCAAAUUGUCCAUCAGUUGUUGAUAAACGUAAAUCAUAUAUUGUACCAGUUUCAGUUGUUGCUUCAGUUGUUGGUGCCGUAUCAGUUGCUUCUGCUGGUUUCCUCAUUCGUAAAAAAAUGAUUGAAAGAAAAUUCUUUAAAACCUAUAGUAAUUAA